CCAUCUUUGUUGAUGUGUCAGCUCAGCGGGUCUUUGGGGAAGCUGCGGUGGGAGAGUGCGGUGUCCGCCCUUUUUCCCCACUGCUGCCCCCCCCCGCCCCCCCGCAGCUCCUCACCUGCUGCACCCCACAAUGGAGAACUUGGUCCGUAAGCUGGAGCUCUGCUGGCCGCGUUAGGGGUACGGCGUGAAGCUCGGAGCAGUGGGAUGUAAGGCGAACAUCGGGAACAGAUUUGAAGGAGUGCGGACGGACGCCGUAAAUUGGUGGCAGUCAGCAUGUCAGGGACGGAGCGCACAGCCUCCGCCGCCUCUGAUGAACGAACUGGGGGAGCACCUGCACCGAAGGAAGACGCACGCAGCUCGUUGUCUGGUGACGAAGGCAGCGGCUUAGAAAAUGAGUCCACACUGUCGUCAUUAACCUUCGAUAACACUUCAUGUCGACCCAGUGAACACAACAACCAGAUGGAAGCACAGGAAAAUUAUGUUCCAGAUCGUGGUGGAGGUGAGAAUUCCUGUGGUAAAACGGACGCAUGCCCAGAAAAUUCUGAACAAACAGCUGAUUUUCCAGGUGGAGAUUUUACAAAGCAAAUUUCUAAAACAAAUGAAACUGAACAGACAGUAACUCAAAUACUGGCAGAAUUAACAUCGCCUACAUUUACCGUGGCAGCUGGUCAGAAGACUUACUCAGAAAGUCCCUAUGACACAGACUGCACCAAGAAACUUAUUUCAAAAAUGAGGAAUGUUUCAGCAUCAGAGGAUUUGUUGGAAGAAAUAGAAUCUGAGCUCUUGUCUACAGAUUUUGCAGAGCAUCGAGUGCCAAAUGGAAUGAACAAGGGAGAACACGCAUUAAUUAUGUUUGAAAAGUGUGUGCAAGAUAAGUAUUUGCAACAGGAACACACCAUAAAGAAGUUAAUUAAAGAAAAUAAGAAACAUCAGGAGCUCAUCCUAGACAUAUGUUCAGAAAAAGACAAUUUAAGAGAAGAACUGAAAAAAAGAACAGAAACAGAAAAACAGCAUAUGAGCACAAUUAAACAGUUAGAAUCAAGAAUAGAAGAACUUAAUAAAGAACUUAAAGCUUCCAAAGAUAAAUUAAUAGCUCAAGACAUAGCUUCUAAAAAUGUAGUUCAGCAGUUCCACAAGGAGAUGGCCCAUCGGAUGGAACAGGCCAAUAAGAAAUGCGAAGAGGCUCGCCAGGAAAAAGAAGCAAUGGUAAUGAAGUAUGUAAGAGGUGAGAAAGAAUCUUUAGACCUUCGAAAGGAAAAAGAGGUACUUGAGAGGAAGCUUAGAGAUGCAAACAAAGAAUCGGAGAGAAACACUAAUAAAAUUAAGCAGCUUUCUCAGGAGAAAGGACGGCUGCACCAGCUGUACGAAACAAAGGAAGCUGAAACUACUAGACUCAUCAGAGAAAUAGACAAAUUAAAGGAAGACAUCAAUUCUCAUAUCAUUAAAGUAAAAUGGGCACAAAACAAAUUAAAAGUGGAAAUGGAUUCACACAAGGAAACCAAAGAUAAACUCAAAGAGACAACAACAAAGUUAACCCAAGCAAAGGAAGAAGCAGAUCAGAUUCGAAAAAAUUGUCAGGAUAUGAUAAAAACAUACCAGGAGUCAGAAGAAAUUAAAUCAAAUGAGCUUGAUGCCAAGCUUAGAGUCACAAAAGGAGAGCUUGAAAAACAAAUGCAGGAAAAAUCUGACCAGCUCGAAAUGCAUCACGCCAAAAUAAAGGAACUGGAAGACCUGAAGAGGACAUUUAAGGAGGGCAUGGAUGAGCUACGGACCCUGAGAACAAAGGUGAAAUGUCUAGAAGAUGAACGAUUGAGAACAGAAGAUGAAUUGUCAAAAUAUAAGGAAAUUAUUAAUCGCCAAAAAGCUGAAAUUCAGAACUUACUGGAUAAAGUGAAAAUUGCGGAUCAGUUACAGGAGCAGCAUCAGAGAGGUAAACAAGAAAUUGAAAAUUUGAAGGAAGAAGUGGACAGUCUUAAUUCUUUGAUUAAUGACCUACAAAAAGACAUCGAAGGCAGUAGGAAAAGAGAAUCUGAGCUACUACUGUUUACAGAAAAGCUCACUAGUAAGAAUGCACAACUUCAGUCUGAAUCCAAUUCUUUACAGUCACAAUUCGAUAAACUUGCCUGUAGUGAAAGUCAGUUACAAAGCCAAUGUGAACAAAUGAAGCAGACCAGUGUUAAUUUGGAAAGUAGACUGUUGAAAGAAGAACAACUGCGAAAAGAGGAAGUCCAGACUCUGCAAGCCGAACUCACUGGUAGACGAGCAGAGGCUGAAGCGCUGAGCACCCAGGUCGAAGAACUGAAGGAUGAGUUGGUAACUCAGAGGCGGAAGUACGCCUCCAGUGUCAAGGAUCUUACCAAGCAACUCCAGCAGGCACGAAGAAAAUUAGAUCAGAUGGAGAAUGGAAGCUACGAUAAGGAAGUGAGCAGCAUGGGGAGUCGCUCCAGUUCAUCAGGGUCCAUUAAUGCUCGAAGCAGUGCAGAAGAUCGAUCUCCAGAAAACACCGGGUCAUCAGGAGCCGUGGAUAACUUCCCAGAAGUAGACAAAGCCAUGUUGAUUGAGAGGAUAGUAAGGCUUCAGAAAGCGCAUGCCCGGAAACAUGAAAAGAUAGAAUUUAUGGAGGAUCACAUCAAACAGUUGGUGGAGGAAAUUAGGAAAAAAACAAAAAUAAUUCAGAGUUACAUUUUACGGGAAGAAGCAGGCACCCUUUCUUCGGAGGCCUCUGAUUUUAACAAAGUCCAUUUAAGUAGACGGGGCGGCAUCAUGGCAUCUUUAUAUACGUCCCAUCCAGCUGACAGUGGGUUAACGCUGGAGCUCUCUUUGGAGAUCAACCGAAAAUUACAGGCUGUUUUGGAGGAUACAUUACUAAAAAAUAUCACUUUGAAGGAAAAUUUACAAACACUUGGAACAGAAAUAGAACGCCUUAUUAAACACCAGCAUGAACUAGAACAGCGGAUGAAGAAGACCUAACAAAACUCGCUCAGUGAAGAGACAAGAACUGCACCAGGAGCCGGUGUCCCGCCCAGUACUGUUGGAAUCGCCCCUGCUGUGUGUCAGCCAGUAAACAUUUCAUUGUUCCGUCUGGAUGAAAGUAUCCUUGUACAGUAGGGACACGCUGCGGUGUUAGCUGAGAGUACAGCCUUAACGAAGUUUGUUUUCGUACAGCGACAGCCCAUCAUCGAACCAGAACAACCUAAUUUAAUUUGCUAAUAGUCAUAGGAAGCACUCGACAUUACAAGGGCUUUUGAAAACCCCUUCUUCAUAGUUCUUCCCUUUAAAACAUAUAAUGUGAAAAAUGAUUCAGCUUUUUAAAAUUAUGCAUGAAAGGACCAGGGGUUAAUCUUCCAGUAAUUUGCUAUUUAUCCAACUUAAAAAAAAUACUAAAAAAUAAAAAUUUUUGUUUUCACAUUCCAAUGUAACAUUUGGUUGUGUUUUAGGGAUUGUUGCCAGCAAUCCUUAAAUCUUUUAAUUUUAAUAUAAGCUAGUAGGAAAGCUAGCUUGUGGCGACUAGCAAGGACCAGACAUUGUAUGUACCUUAUCAGGGCUAGGUACAUUUUUUCACAUUUGAAUUGUUUAAUGGUUGAUAUUUUAAAAUCUUCAGUUACAUAAAAUAUGAUUUUAAAUAACAUGCUCAUUUAGAAAAUUCCUGUGGACUUUAGUUAUAUUUUAAAAUGUGAAAUGGAUUAGUUCUUGAAACAGAUGAAUAAUGAAUUUUUUGAAACUGAAAUACUUUAGUUUUACUGAGAUCAAGUGUAAAGAUAAAUUUUUUAAAUAUCUGUGAAGAACCUGCUCUCAAGAGAUGCACCCAUUCUGUGCUGUCGAACGCCCACCCUUUAUCACUGAUGUCAUUACGUGCUCUACUGGAGUGACGUACAGUCCCCAAAUAUGGUGUUUUGGCAUAUUACUUAAAACACAAAGUAACUACAUCUCUGGAACCAAAGGAAUUUUAGAGCCAAAUGUAUGUAUCCUGUUGAGUUUUUACAAUAUUUAUUUAAGAUGUGGCAGCUUUAAUGUUGCCAGUCGUAGUAUCAGUAUUUCUGUGUCAUUGAAUUUUGUCUCACUUCUUAUAAUUCCUCACCUGUUAGAAUUUCUGUGUGUGGUUUUUUUCACAGUUCAUCAUAUGUUUGUCUUAUAGCAAGCCUCACUGUGUUUCAGGGGUUUGCAUUCUCUUUCCCCCUUCAGUAAGCGCUGCAGUGGCGGGUUGAAGGCCUUCAGAGGUUCACGUGGCCGGCGAAGUCGGGCUCACGGUGGCAGCGCCGCUUUGAAGUGUUUCAGCCUCUUUUAAGUCACCAUCAUUUAAAAAGUUAAUUACUAAAGAUUAGAUGAUUUGUUGUAUUUUUUGGUAUAUUGUGUUACAUAUUGUCAUCCAAAAACAAAAUCUUUUUACUUCAAAAUGGAAAUACACGUUUAGAAAUAUUUUAUUUUUGAAAUAGCUGUAAAAAGUAUGUCUUACCACAAUACGUCUUGUCCUUUUAACAAUAGUAAUUUAUCACAAUAAAAUAAGAGGGUUAGUGCAAUCAAAUCUGAAUUAUUUUAUCAUUUGCUUCUAGACAUACAGUUGAUACUCUAAUGAAUAGAGUAGCCAACAUAACUGUUUUUACAGCUUCUUAUGUGAUCCAAAUUCUAACACUACAAGUUUUUUUCUUCUAAGACAAGAUAUCAAUGGAGACCAAACAGUGGUCAGAUCCAGUGUUCUGUGUCUAUAUACUUUUAAAAACAUACGUACACAUUUAGUACAUACAAUAUUGAGCCAUUCCAAUAUUGACAUUUGUACCACCAUUCAUUUGGAGAAGCUUAACAUUGCAACAACUUUACAAGAAGGCUAUUAUAAACCAUAUUUAGACUUAUUACUACCCCCCCCAACAAAUGUAAGAAACUAUGGAAAACUUCUGAAGAAAACACUUUAUUUUUCUUGUGUUCUUUAGUUUCUACUCUAUCCUUUUUAUAUGAAUCAGGACUGAGCAAAAUGUACAGAGAUGCACAUACGUGAGAUCGCUGUCUACGCGGGUUGCGGGCAGCCCUGCUGUGAGGGUUGAGAGGGCCUCCUGCCCUAACGGCGUUGAACACAGGGAGGGAAGAGCCGGGUGUCCGGACGAGGAAAAUGGUCUGGAGAAGCCUCGGCUCUGCGGGAAGAUUUGGUUCAUGUGCUCAUUAUGAAUCAUACACAUCAAAGGCUCUUCUGGUUUCUUUGAGCAGGAAAUGAUUUUUUUUGUAGGUAUGUUUGUCUGUACUUCACCAGGUUUCAUUUUUAAAGUGACUGUGUACUGUGAUCCUCUUUCUCUAUGCCUCUUCAAACUUCAGCCUCUUUUAAGGGGUGAAAGUGGUGUCUUUGAGCAGAAUGAGGAGUUUGAACUUCGGUGUUUUUAACUUCCUUCAUCGCCAUUUAAAACAAUUUAUCUUGAAAUUAAAUUUUGUCAGGCUACCAAUAUGUUAUUUAUUCAUUGCACAAACACAUUGAAAAUCUACUGUUGCCUGGCAUCAUACUGGGUACUGUCAUUGUAUUGGUGGACAGGCCAGACUGAGCAGUUCCUGACCUGGAGCUGAUGGUCUAGCGAAAAUAUUCUGGAGGAAAUGGGGGGGAGGGGCAGCUCUCUGAGCCCCUGCAGCUCACAGCCAGCCCCCCUGGGAAGAGGGUCAAUCCACCUGUGUAAGCAGGUGACCCGAAAGCCUCACUCUGGCACGUAGCUUUGGGAAAUGAAUGCUUACUGAGGCACACUGAGAGCACAUUGCUGUUUUCUUGGUACUUACACACUUUUUCACACUUUCGUUACAGGUUGAUGUUUAAUUACUCCUUGAGAAAAAGGGGGGGGAAUCCAAAGACCAUAAAAUGGCAUUCAGUUUUUGCCAUUUUAGUAAAUAAUUAAUGCCUACGCGAUACUCGUAAAGAUGACCUAAUCAUGCCGUUGUGUGUUUCCAAAUUUUGUUUUGCAGUAUGUUAUUUUCUAUAGAUUUUACAUAUAAAUUAGACCAAUAUUUAUGAUUAAAAGAAAAAAUUAGAAACCAUUAAUAUUGUAAAUGUUACGUAGCUGCCCUGGUGAGAAUGUUUUUAUCAAUCAUGUUGUUCUCCAGUAUGGUUGCUUUGCCUUAUGAAUGUUGACUCCUGUAGCUAAUUUUUUUAAAGAACUUUCUUACUUUAAAACAAUUCUUUUGUGACACUAAGAUUGUUAAUUUUUAACACCAGUUGGUGGCACUAGGAACCUAAAAAUUUGUCAAGGCUGAACAAGAGAAAGUAAAUUGAAAAAGUAUCCAAAUUAUCAAGAAUUUUCAGGAAAAUAAAUGAAAAAUAAAAUAGUAUGUGAAAGUUAUAUUUUUCUUCUGGAAUGAAGUUCUUUCUUAAAAAUGCAAUAUGGCUGUCCAUUUAGACUGAGGAUGAAACUGUUUAUCUUCCAAAGUUCAUAUAUAUAUAUAUAUAUACGUGUGUGCAUUGUACAGAUGAUCUUUAAUUUGAUUA